AUGGCGUCCUUGGCUCGCGCCGCCGCCGCUGCCCUUCCGUCCCUUCGAGCUCGCCACCUCGGCUCCGGGUCCGGGCGGCUCUCUCUGGCCGCGGUGCGGCCGUGCUCGCCGUCCGGAGGGACGGGACGGGCCGCGGCGGGGUCCUCGCCACCGCUGAGUUCAAGAUCUGUGCCCCGGCCCGCUUCAAUUCCUUCGUGGCGUGCUGGGCACCGCGGCCGGCAGAUUGGGAUCGAAUCGGUCCCGUUUCCGCGUUCGGCGUCGGCUGUUAAAGCCACAAAUGCUGAGUCUCAUGAUCGCCCCGCAGAGGGAGCUGACGACCACUCUGAGUCUGAUGAGGAGUUUGAGCUCGUCCGUGAGCUGAAGGCUGCUCUGGACCGCAAGAUCAAUGAGACAAGUGGUGUCAAGAUACUUCUGCUUGAUGAGGAUGAUGUUCCGCAUUCUAUCAUCUAUCAGAACUUGCUCGAAAGCUACGUUAAGGAGUCUUUUGCUGUCUGGGCUAAGGUGACAAGCCGCUUUAGGCCCCCAACUGAGAGCAAGUUGUAUGAGGGCCUGAGGCUGUGUGGGGAAACAUUCAUCAGUGCUGUGGUGAGCUGCCACGACUGUCGGGCGACUUGGAAGAACAUGUCUGAAGUGGUGGAGGCGCUGGACCUUCUGCGCCGGCUCGUGUCGUCCACUCUGAAGGCGCCGCUUCCACUAGACUGGUCGCUCCGCUGGGCCUGGGACGCACCAAAGGGCGACGACGAUGCUGAGAGGGGACUCGUCUACCUUGUGCACCGUAUUUCUGUUCUGAUGGUGAGGGACAUCAACUCCAUGUUGAAGCUGGACGAUGCCAACUAGCAGAUCUGCUCUCCUCCUAGCCAGAACAAGACAGUGAUCUGAUCAGCGCCCAGGAUCAAAGUUGCUUCAAGCAGGGCCUUAUCUAUAUCUACUAGUAGUAGCUGUUAGUGUUGUUUGGUUUGUUGCUUUGUCUUACAUGCAUGUUAGUGUUGUGAUGACAGUAUUGGUAACUUGAGUUGAGUCAGACCCGGCCUCAUGUGCACAUUAUUAUCUCAGUUUACCUACCUUC